AUGGAGGAUGCUCAAGAAAAGAUCAAGUUAAUCCGUCAGAGACUCCAGACAGCCCAAAGUCGCCAGAAGAGCUAUGCCGACAACCGAAGGAAAGAUUUGGAAUUUGAAGUGGGGGACCAUGUAUUCCUCAAGAUUACACCAUUGCGAAGCAUCACUGCUGGCCGAGGAAAGAAACUCCAACCUAGAUUCAUAGGACCGUUUCCGAUCCUUCAACGGGUUGGAAAAGUAGCGUACCGGCUUGAAUUGCCGCCGAGCUUGUCACGAAUUCACGAUGUAUUCCAUGUGUCGAUGCUCAAAAAGUAUUACCCUGAUCCAACCCACAUUGUCCAGCCGGAAGAAAUUGAGAUUGACGAAGCCCUUACUUACGAAGAAAAACCUGUACAAGUGCUUGAUAGGAAAGUUAAGGAGCUGAGGAAUAAGCAGAUUCCACUGGUGAAGAUUCUGUGGAAGAACCACGGAGUCGAGGAGGCAACCUGGGAGAUGGAGAAUGAGAUGAAAACCAAAUAUCCUGAACUGUUUAGUGAUUCAGGAAAAGCUCUCAUCUACCUUGUAUCAAGAAAUUGUAAGGUUGGAAAUGUGAAGAAAUUAAGGGGAAAUGCCGCCCAAUUGGUUGUAGAUAUGGGUGGUCUUGAAUUGAGAAGGAUUUAUUGA